AUGAGUAAUUCAAGUAAAUCAGAAGAACACUUUGGACUUGAGGAUCUUUUAUCUCUUGAAAACCCAACAUCAGACGUCAUAUUUUGUUUAAAUACUGACCAUAUAACAAAAAUUAAACAAACGAUAAUAGCAAUUCCGUACAUUAAUUUUGUAUUAAACGAACAUUAUCAAGAAGUUUUAUCAGCAAAUGAUUUUCAAUCAAUGUGUCUUCAAUUAAAUUUAUUAAAGAAAAGAAUCAUUGCUAACACAUAUUUAGAAUCAAAAAUUAAAAAGAAAUUAUUUUUAACAUUUGUACAUCACAUUAAUCAAUUCUUUGAUAAUUAUGGUGAUGCUUCUCAACUAUAG